AGAUAGGGCAGGCUUGAUCCUGUAUUGAAAGACAGAAAUCUCUUUUAGGAAGAUUCUGCAACAACUUGCCGGCGUUGGCUGGACCCCAUUGAAGAUGAGCUCGUUUCUAGAGACCCAGAUAGCCCAGCUCAUAAAAUCUCGGUACUUCUUGCUCAGCUUCGUCCAUUCAUCGGGAUUUGGUUGGCACGUGCACGUGCACGGCUCUCUGGGCCAGUGUGCUCUUGAAGGCAGGUUGUUAUAGCGUAGCCAGUACUGAACUGAACCCCAGGGCUCGAUUUGGAUGGGUACUGCUACUGCACCACCUGUAUUCUUAAUAUUUGCGCUUCUCGUAAGAAGCUAGCACAGAGCAAGUCAGCGCUUAGCUUCUCAUAUUAAGGCCUUUCUCUCCUUCGUACUCUUCGUGGGAGGAAUCCUUCAAGAGGGAGAAGCAUCAAAAAGGAUAAGAAGCAUUACAUAAUUUGAGCCCUCAAAGCCGAAUAUGGAUCUCUUAGAACUCUUCGUCACGGCUUGUGUCCCGGUCUUUAACAUGCUUCUGGUAACUGGUGUUGGGUCGUUUUUGGCAACCGAUUUUGCUGGCAUACUAAGCAAAGAAGCAAGAAAACAUUUAAACAAUAUAGUAUUUUAUGUAUUCAGUCCCUCUCUUGUUGCAAUCUAUUUGGCAAAAACAAUCACCAUGGAAAGCUUGGCCAAACUGUGGUUUAUGCCAGUAAAUAUUCUUCUUGCUUUUACCUUUGGUUUAUCCUUUGGAUGGAUUGUGGUAAAAGUUACAAGAGCACCUGCCAAGCUAAGAGGCCUCAUUUUGGGUUGUUGUUCUGCUGGCAAUUUGGGCAACAUUUUUCUUAUCAUCAUUCCAGCUCUUUGCCAAGAGAAGGGAAGCCCGUUUGGAGCAGCUGAUGUUUGUCAGAAUAUUGGACUAGCAUAUUCUUCACUCUCAAUGGCUAUUGGUGCUGUUUUUGUGUGGUCGAUUGCAUAUAAUAUUGUCCGUGUCACAUCAAAUUUGACGGAAGGAGAUGCUGAUGCUCAAACAAAUGAAACAAAAGUGUUAAAUUCAGGAAAUGCUAUAGGAAGUGUUGCCGAAGAGAACUGCUCCGCCUCAAAUGAUUGCGCCGAUGAAUGUACACUCCCUUUGAUAUUGACAAGCAUACGUCCAACUAAAGAUAAGCAUUCAAUGUUGGAGAGAGCACAGAAGGUUUUAUCAUCAAUUUCUGAAGCUGUUGACUUGAAGAAGCUCUUUGCUCCUUCAACUAUUGCAGUGAUUGUCGGUUUCAUAAUUGGAGGAACACCUCUGAUUAGAAAUGCUAUAAUUGGUGACAGCGCCCCACUUCGUGUCCUGCAGGAAUCGGCUGAAUUGAUAGGUGGAGGAGCAAUUCCGUCCAUCACAUUGAUAAUGGGAGCAAACCUUCUGAACGGAGUACGAGGCGGUGCAAGUGUUCCACCGUCGGUGAUAGCUGGCGUCAUAGUUGUUAGAUACAUUCUGCUCCCGCUGCUCGGCACGGCGCUGGUGAAGGGAGCAGUCCGGCUGGGCCUCAUCCAGCCAGACCCGCUGUACCAGUUCAUCCUCCAUCUGCAAUACGCCGUGCCACCCGCAAUGAACAUCGGGACUAUAAUGCAGUUGUUUGGCGUCGGGGAGAGCGAGUGCUCGGUGAUCUUCGUGUGGGUGUACGCGCUCGCCUCCGUCGCCGUCACCAUCUGGUCCGCCUUCUUCAUGUGGACGCUGUCGUGAGCUCGCGCGCGUCAGGACACGCGAGACGGGAAACGUUUUGUGUUGUUGAUACAGUUUUAGAAAUUUGGGAAAUGGAAAUAAAAACGCGAAAGCGUGUAUCCUGGCGCUGUUUCGUUGUACCGUUUGGUGGAGUAA